AGGAACUACAACUCCCAUGAAACCGCCGCAGCGCUUCUGUUAAUAUCAAUAUGGCUUCUGUCAGUCAGACAAAGGCGAAUCAGUUUUUGCCCUGAAAUGAAAUCAAAUUAGGGAAAGGUAGCGGGAGAGUCGGACAUCGUCCUGUUUUGCUGGUUCAUGCCUGGCGACGGGGAUUAAAGAGACGGAAACACUGUAGGUUGAGUUGAAUAAAUGCUGUGGUGCACGGAGGCCCCGCACGCGCACAAUCAGAAUGUCCCAUUACACAGAUGAGCCUCGUUUUACCAUUGAGCAGAUUGACUUGCUGCAGCGGCUACGUCGGAGCGGCAUGACAAAGCAAGAGAUUUUGCAUGCCCUGGACACCCUCGACCGGCUGGACCGUGAGCACGUGGAGAAGUUCGGCCACCGUCACGUCCACAGUGGAAGCGGGGCAGCUGGCGUCAAUCACGGCAAUGACAGCAACGCCACCACCUCUUCCAACUCCUGCACUACCUCCUCUAACAACCUCACAGCCUCUUCUUCAACGACCUCUAAGGCCACGCAGACGGGAUACCGUGGCAAUGGCCUCUCUCCCUCCCCUAGCAACAGCUAUGACACCUCCCCACCCCCGACGGUCCCCACCCCCGUUCCGGUAGUAGCACCCAUGGUCCAAAAUGGACGGGACGGCCUCGCCGCUAUGCCCAACGGGAAGCUCUCUCCGCCCCGCUUCGCUGUUAGCAACACCUCCUCGCGGGCGUUUGCAUACGAGCUUCCAGAUGAGGAAGUGGACAUCGAUGACAAAGUCGAGGAGCUCAUGAGAAUGGACAGUGCUAUAAUUAAAGAAGAGAUUAAAGCUUUCUUGGGGAACCGGCGGAUAUCACAGGCAGUAGUUGCCCAAGUUACAGGUAUCAGUCAGAGCCGGAUCUCUCAUUGGCUGCUCCAGCAGGGCUCAGACCUCAGCGAGCAGAAGAAAAGAGCUUUCUACCGCUGGUACCAACUAGAGAAAACUACACCUGGUGCAACACUAGCGAUGCGGCCCACCCCGGUGGCCCUGGAAGACAUUGUGGAGUGGCGUCAAACCCCUCCUCCCAUUAGCAGCACCCAGGGCAGCUUCCGUCUGCGGCGAGGCAGCCGCUUCACCUGGAGGAAAGAGUGUCUGGCGGUGAUGGAGAGUUAUUUCAAUGACAACCAGUACCCCGAUGAAGCCAAGCGAGAGGAAAUUGCCAACGCCUGCAAUGCAGUGAUCCAGAAACCAGGGAAGAAGCUUUCAGAUCUUGAGAGGGUCACGUCUCUGAAAGUUUACAACUGGUUUGCCAACAGACGGAAGGAAAUUAAGAGAAGAGCCAACAUAGAAGCAGCAAUCCUGGAGAGUCAUGGGAUUGAUGUCCAAAGCCCGGGAGGUCAUUCCAACAGCGAUGAGAUCGAUGGAAAUGACUACGGUGUGCCAGUAGCUGCCGACCAAGUUUUGGGAAUGGAUGACAACACCGGCCCAAUCGAACACCAGGACCCCAUAGCUUUGGCAGUGGAGAUGGCGGCUGUCAAUCACAGCAUCCUGGCACUGGCGAGGCAGGGCGGAGCCACCAGUGACAUCAAGACAGAGGUGCUGGACGACGAGUGAGAAUCUUCCCUGUGGAGCACGGAGGGAAGCCGAAGGAGAAAUGUGGGGUUACGAAAACAAAGCCAAACAGUUUGCGCGUGAACCGUUAUUAUGAGGAAUAUGGCCAGGUCGUGGAUGACCAAAGUGAAUGCGGAGGUUAUAAAGACUGU